CAUGCCCCAGAAUAUCGUCAUCGUUGGCGGCGGUCCCGCAGGUGUCAUUCUCUUCAACGAGCUCGGGAGUAGACUCAGCGCGUCCGAAGCAUCGAUCAUUAUGGUGACGCCCCGGCCGUACUUCACCUGGCUGCCAGCGUGUCCCCGGAUGCUCGUCACUGCGGAGGGGGAGCUCGAGAACAGAGUUCUCAUGCCAUUUCCGGACAAUUUCAAUCAAGGAAACCGGAAGGUCGUCCUUGCGAAGGUGGUUUCCAUCCAGGUCGACGAUGAAAAGCCUCGCCGGUCGGUAACUCUGGACAAUGACGAGACUAUCGAGUUUUCAGUUCUUUUUCUGGCACCUGGGAGUAAGUGGGACGGCCCACUAGCGUUCCCAGAGAGCCAAGAAGAGGACUUGGAGUUCAUCCAGAAAUGGCGGAAGGAGUUCGCGGACGCAAAGGAAAUCGUCUUGAUAGGUGGAGGGGCAGUCGGGGUUGAGCUUGCUGGAGAACUAGUCGACGAGUGGCCGACUAAACCGGUGACGGUGGUGCAUAGCCACUCGCUAUUGUUGACCGCUACGUAUCCAGACAAGUUUAGGCAGGAUGUGGUCGAUCGGAUAACUAAGCGCGGCGUCAAACUCGUCCUGGGUGACUAUGUCGACGACAUCGUACCAAAAGAUGGCAAGAUUACAACGCGUAAAGGAAUCGAUAUUGCAGCUGAUCUCGUGGUAUCUACUCGAGGCGGCAGACCCAACACCAAAUUUAUUGAAACCCUUGGAUCCGACGUCCUCAACGACAGCGGCUAUAUCAAGGUGCACGAAACUCUACAACUCGUCGACCACCCUCGCAUCUUUGCCGCUGGAAAUGCAAUCGACUUCCCCGAGGGAAAGCAGGCCUAUAAGGCCGCUCGUCACGCUCUCAUUGUCGCCAAAAACAUCCUGGCUCUUGUCCGUGACGGCAACGAUGAUCCAACGACAUGGGCGCGGUACAGAGGUGGGCCGAACUCCAUCACGGUCUCUAUUGGAAAGGAUGGAGGUGCCUGCUACUUUGGUGUCCUAUGGGGUAUCAUGCUCGGCGAUUACUUCGCGACUUUGAAGAAGUCUAAAGGGCUCAUGAUCGACAUGGUGAAGAGGAAGCUGAAGCUCUA